CUUCCUCUUUUCCCUCUCCUGCAUCUCCCUACCUCCUCCUCCCCUCCUUUCCUCCCUCCCUCUUUCCCCCAACUCCAAAAUUCAUCAUUCGCCAUUUUCACUGACUUCUGAUCGACAAAUAAGACUCAACAAUCCUUUGCUCUUCACUUUAUAUCGUGAUCACGUCCCUCAAUAGAGUCGGGACGGGGAGGCAAGAGGGACCUCCAGCCUCGUCCCGCCUUCUCGCUCCACCGCCGGGCCGCCGCAGAGGUCAAUAUCCCUCCGCCGGGGUCAGUGUAAAUAGCCCGUGCUAGCAUCGAGGCGAGAAACUUUAUUAGCGGGGAAUACACACAGAGCCGAGGCCCCAAAAAGCUGCGUUUCCCCGUCGACUCCGAGUGGAACGUAAAAACAUCAAGUGCUCAAUUUAGCUCCAUAACCCGCGUCCUGUUGCGACAUUUUUCUGCCGCCGGUGUUCUCUCCCGCGCGGCGUCUCCGUCUCCGUCCUCGCGAAGGCCCGUGCUCGCGAGGCUCACGGAGGCUGCUGCGGUCUCAUCUCGCCGAAGAGUUUAAAGCGAAGGCGGCAAUUAAGGAUGAUUAUGUAUUAAUUUCGGUAGCAAGGAGUCGCGUCCGCCCGCACACAAUGGGGCCGAGAUAGUCAUUAUUAAGGGGACAAGCAUCCAUUAGGGGGCCGGGAUUUGGCCAACCUUCCGUGUAUUCCCGCCAGCCAACCAGCGGCCUCGCGGCUCCCCUCGCCCCCCUCCGCGCCUCGGCAGGGUUACCAGCCAGUGUUUUGUCCCCGCCGCCGCUGCUGCCGCCUCUCCAAGCUGGGGCCUUCAAAGGUGUUGUAGGGCCUCGAGCCUCUGAAGGAGGUGUCUUAUGAAGGCUGGAGGCGUGGGAGACAAGGGGAGAAAAGUGGCGUUAACGAGGAGAAGCAUCGCUCCUCCGGCAGCCGCGGCGAGUCACUAUUAUCCAACCGCGAAUUAUCCCAAUACCACAGGCAGUCCCGGGCGCUGAUUGGCCUGUGUCGCCGCGACCCGCGCUCUCAUUGGUCAACACCACGGGGGAUUAGGUGUGUAUGCAUUGUUCGUGUAAAUAGUGUUGAAAUGAUUACAGGUCCCGGGCGGCGGUAUAAACGAAAUAAGCAGUGUCGCGGGCCGGCCAGUCGCUAGGUGUGGCCUGAGCUUCGCGGAGGCCGCCCGGCGUGUAUCUGAGUGUGUGAGUGCGUGAGUGACACUCCAGUGACGCCGCCAUGAUGGAGCGCUCCCUCAAGUCUGCCUCGCCGCCUCCCCCGCCGCAGGACCCCCAACACAGCCCGCCGCCGCUCCCGCAGAUGGAGACGCAGCUGUCGCCGACGACGGGCCCGCCGCCCGGCCGCUCCUCCCGCGUGUACACCAUCGAGGACAUCCUGGGCCGCCCGCAGCCGCAGGAGUCCUCAGCGCCGCAGGUCAACGCCAUCGACAGUCAAGCUGCAGAGUCAGCGACGAGCGUGGGCAGCCCCGAGGUGUCCCCCAAGACCGAGGGGGAGAUGGUCACGUCCCCUGAGUGCCACGACCAGCACUCGGACCCCUUCGACCCCGAGAAGCCCCGCAAGGUGAGGCCUGUCCGUCGUUCCCGCACCACCUUCACCACCUACCAACUGCACCAGCUGGAGCGCGCCUUCGAGAAGACCCAGUACCCCGAUGUGUUCACCCGCGAGGAGCUGGCCAUGAGGCUUGACCUGUCCGAGGCACGCGUCCAGGUGUGGUUCCAGAACCGUCGCGCCAAGUGGAGGAAGCGAGAGAAGGCUCUUGGGCGUGAAAGUCCCUCCUUCAUGGGCGUGGAACACCCCCUGGGCGGCCUGCCAGAGCUGUCCCUGCCCCUGGGGCCGCCCCCGCACUCCGUGGCAGCCGCCGCCUCCGCCGCUGACCUGCUCCACCUGCACGCCCUCCACGCCCUCCACCUGCACCCCUUCCUACACCAGUCCCACGGCCCCGGCCUGCACCACAAGACCUCCGGGCCGCACCCACCGCCCCUGCACGCCCUACUGCACCCCUACAUGCUGCCGCCGAGCCUGCCGCUGCUGCACCCCGUCACCAGCAUGGCCCACGGCCUGCCUGUCCCCCUCAUGGGCUCCUCCUCCGGCCUCUCCAUCAGCCCGGACGCCUCCCCCACCCACUCCCCGCCCAUCAGCACCCACGCCCCCGCCACCACCACCACCUCCGCCUCCACGCCCGCGGCCGCUCCCGCCUCGCCGCCCGCUAGUCUCUCCCUUGACUGCCGAGGCGCCUCAGUGGACCUGCUGCGGCUCAAGGCGCGCCAGCACCAGGCCCUGCUGGAGCGGCUCUCCCCGCCCACGUCGGGCCUCCACGCCUCCUCUUGAACGCCCACGCCGCCAGGCACCGCUGGGCCGCGUCCCCGAGGUAGUCUGUGGCCGCCGGGAAAUUUUUUGGUUAAUGCCGAGCCGUGGGUGGCUGCAGGUGUACCUUAGGCACGGCGGGGCACGGCGGGGCGGGCAGGGACCUGGGCGUGCCUCGUGGAGCAGUGGCUCUCGCCGCCUCAGAGAAUGAAGAAGUGCGGCAGACGCUGGCUUGCUGGCGACGAGGCAGCGGGAGCGAGGCGCCGGGGGCCACAAGUCCCUGAGGACACACUUUCCUCACCACGGCCGCGAAGGGCCCGCCGGGGAGCAUCAACAGUACUAUAACACACUAAUUUUAGUCUAUCACUGUGCUGGUGGCGGGCGGCGGCGGGUGGUGGCGGAAGAGCUGGCGGUGGCGGGGCGGGCGGGCAGGAGCCUCACCCGCGGCGCGGCACUCAAGUGGGCUCUCGCGGGUGUUCUCAACAGCGCCUUCCGGCGUCUCCGUGAGGGCGGCGACAAAGUCUUUAAUUACAUCCUGAUCAACCUUUCAUUUGGUCAGGCCAGCUGCGGGGGCACCGGCGGCGGGUUGGGGCGGGCGGCGCCGCGACGCACCACGGGACGCCCUCCAUUAGAGCCAAUGUGCGCUGCUCCCAAAAAUGUGAAAUACGAAUCUUUCACUUCGACUCUGGAUCUUUAUCGACAACUCGUCCGCCAAUCUGGCCAAUUUGUCAAUAGAUUAAUGAUUUUGAGCUUUGGAGACGAGUGGCGCGGGACAGACUCCUCGCCGCGCCCGGGGUUUCAUUACUGCCUUUAUUGCCUCGCGGCGCAGGGCUCAAAUUGUCCGUCCCGUCUUCCUUAUUGACACUCGGCAGCAAACCCGGCUAAUUUACGAGCUUCACGGGACACUGAUGCUAAUUAAUUACGGCGGUAAGGUCGUAAUUGGCGUGGCGGCCGCUGCGGGAAUAUUAGGGGCGUGUGUUUGCUCUUCCUCGACAAUACACUCACAGGACGGACCAAGUUUCUCCCCUCCACUGUUCUUUUGGGGCCGUGUGUGUGUGUGUGUGUGUGUGUGUGUGUGUGUGUGUGUGUCCGCGCGCUCGCACACGCUAGCAUAUAUGCGUGCACGAACAAGUGAGUGCACGGGAGAAGAAAAAAACAUACUAGACGAUGGUUGUGCUUUACUUCUAUGCCGCCAAAGCUUAGGAAUAUAAAUGCACUGCACUUUGUUUUCCCUCCCAGCGCUCAAAAGUAAAAUGUCAGCCAACCAAAUGUUCGGAUAAUUAUUACAUUCUUAGUUCUUAUAUCUUUUACAAGGGCAUCAUUCUCUUUACACAGACGCCAGUGGUUCAUUUCUCACGGUUCCGGAAUAAACAUCAAAUCUAUUCCACGGAGCACUGAAUCAUGUCCCUCUUAGCUGCACUUCAACACUACUUCAAAUAUAAGGAAGACGUUUAUUGCUCUCAUCUCUCCGCCACUUGGUUCCGAAUACAAAUUAAGUAAAGUGUAUUGGAGGUUCAUCAGUUAUUCCUCAUCUCAAUUCCGCACCCGCCGCCGCCGUCACCACCGCCGCCCGAGACAACGCCAGACAGUCUCACACCAAUUGUUCUCUUGGCCCAUUAACGACCCUUGCAAGCCAUCCCCCGCCCACCCUCCAUCUCUCCCAGUUCACCCACACCCUCUCUCAUUCACCCAUGUUUUCUUACACCCAUCUAACGCACUCUCACGUCCUCUCCUCCCACCCACACCUUCUAUAUUUCACCCACGUCUUCUUACGCUCUCUCACGCCCAUUCAUAUCUCCGCGCCCGCCCAUCCACCCCUCGCUCGCCCACUCCUUUCGCCACCCACGCCCUCUCUCGCCCACGAUACAAACUAACUCUCGCUUACCACCGAGCACACCCCAAACGCCCAUAACGUCAUAUGAAGCUACUGUCCCGCCCAUGUUACUGUGUCCGUUUUGUGUUUUCUACUUAGCUGAUGUCUUUUUACGAACUUUAAAAAAAUAUAUAUAUAUCUUGGAAUUCUUUAAACGGAAAAUCGAAAUCACAGUGACAAAGAUGAUUCGUAAAUACGUCUGCCAUUUCUGUUAAUUAAAUCCUUCUGUCCUUUCUUUCUUGAAUUCGACCUCUUCUUCGCCUCAAAAGAGAAGAAGAGGAUGAAUACAAAGAAGGGAGAGAGCAACGAAAGGAAACGAAACUGAGGACGCGCAUAAAUUAGGAAUAAAAUGAUGUUGUGUGUUUAAGAUAUUCAAUGGAGGAAAAAAAAAGAAAUAAAAGAUGCAACACUUACUCUGGGUCCGUGUGUUGUGUUGCUUCGUUGUGUUGCGAGAAAUACCUGCGGAAAAGAUAACAUUGGAUGAGAAAACAUUGAAACACGAGACAAAAAAGAGUAAACAAACGAGAACAUGAAAUAAACAGGAAGUGAAAAAAAACAUUAGCAAACAAGACAAACAAAACGAGAAAACGGAAACAGGGGGUGAAAAAAAAUACAUUGAAAAUCAAGAAAUAUACAAAAAAAAUACAUUGAAAAAAAUAAAUUGAAAAACAAGACACAAAAAAAUACAUUGAAGAAAAAUACAUUGAAAAACAAGACACACACACACACACACACACACACACACACACACACACACACACACACACACACAAACAAAUACAUUGAAAAAAAUACAUUGAAAAAAGUACAUUGAAAAAAAAAUACAUUAAAAAAAAAUACAUUGAAAAACAUGACACACACAAGAAAAUACAUUGAAAAAAAGUACAUUGAAAAAAAAUUCAUUGAAAAAAAAUACAUUAAAAAAAUACAUUGAAAAAAUUGCAUUGAAAAACAAGACACAAAAACGAGAAAAUACAAACAGGAAGUGGAAAACAUUAAAACACACGAGAGAAAAUGCGGAAAAAAGUAGAAAACACAGCAAGAAAAACGGCAAAACAAAUCAGUGAGGAAAACAAAUACAUGAUAAUAAAACAAAGAAGUGGAGGAAGAAAAAAAAACCACGUACACUUACACCCAUUUCCUCCAUCCUGCCGAGAAAGAAAACAAACAAAAAAAAAAGGUCAGAAAUCACAGUGUUAGAUCAGUUGUAUAAAGGAAUCUUAGCCUAUUCAACCCUUUAUAUCUUACGUGUGUUCGUGUGUAUGUCCGUGCGUCUACAGAUUCUACACAAUAGGCAAUUUCGUAAACGCUGUACUGAGUGUCGACUGAAUGCAUGACGUAAAGACCGCUAAAAAGGCUAAAAUCUAUACGCUAAGGCUUGGAAAAAGGGCCCUUGAAUGUGUGAUGCGAUAUUUGUCCUUCUAUUAGCCAUACCGGUGUUCUGGGAAAGGAAAAUCCAUGUAUAUAUUGGUGUAUUAUAGAGAGUGAGUUAUCCACGCACUUCUUUCCGCUUCCUCUCUCUUUCACUCUCUCUCUUUACCUGUUUGCUAUAUAAGUGACCCUACCUGUAGUUGUUGCUUUGUUAUCGUAUAGGACUUGUUUAGAAUAAUUUAGUGCCCCUUAAAAAACCAGGCUUCGAAAAUUUAUACACCUACACUGCAAAUCAAAAAGUUCAACUACCAAGUAUAAAUUAACGAAACACAAAGUAAUUUACAGGUGUUUGCCGAGGUGUGAUUAGGUUUAAGUCACGUGAUGUAAGAUGUCAGUUUUUCGAAGCUUGGUUGUAUAUGGAGGUCACUUUGUUGUUGCUGAAGAGAACUUGUGAGCAUCGGCCGCCAACGACACACUCACUCCCGUUUUGCAUAAUCCUCUGCGUGUUAAGCUUGACCAACGCAGUCCACAGUCCACCUUCUUCUCCAGCCGCCUCAGCCUCCUCCUCCUCCUCCUCCUCCUCCUCCUUCCUCUUCCGUCUUUAGCAUUUUGUUUUCUGGUUCAUUCUUUCUUUUUCUUCUUUUCUAUGUUCGUUUCUCCUCUCCUAUUUAUUUUAUGUUCUUUUUCUAUGUCUGUCUAUCUAUAUCUAUCUUUAACUAUAUUUCUUUUUUCAUCAUCUGUUUAUCUAUCUAUCUAUCUAUCUAUCUAUCUAUCUGUCUACUCUUCUAUCUAUCUGUCUACUCAUUUAUAUCUCUUAUCUUCUGUCUGCAUCUGUCCUCAUCUACAUAUCUAUCUAUUCAACUCUAUUCAUAUUUAUUUACCGUUUUAUCACUUAUUUAUCUAUUUAUCUAUCUAUCUAUCUAUCUAUAUAUCUAUCUAUGUCUAUUUACUUAUCUAACUAUCUCAACCUCUCCUCUCCCUCAAGGUUGGUGUAACACUAUAUAAGGUAACUAACAUAAAGGUUCCAAUCCCCUAUUACCCUCCUAACAUAAAGAAUCCAAACCUUUAUAACCCUCAGCUUCGGUUGUUGUUCCCUCCCUCCCUCCCUUGACCGUUCCCCCGCGUCGCCGUGUUCCACCUCCCCUUCCCCUUUGCUU